CUCAGCAAUCCUCGCUCCAUAAAAGCUUUACGCCGUCGACCUGCGAAAAGCUACCAGCGCAUCGACUCGCCCCGUCCCCCACGCUACCACCAACCUCUGCCUCCUCGAAGUUCCAUACGCACGCAGCCAGAAAAAUGUCCGACGCAGACUACGCCGCCUUCCUCGACAAGGCGAACCAGGAUACCAGCGGUGGAGAGGCAACUACACAGAGCAAGAAGGUGGGCACGAAGAGUGUGAACACACAGGUGCCGAGCGCGCUGCAGAGCGUCGAGGAGUAUUAUACUAGCGAUGCGGACGAGCCGUUCGAGCCGGUUGCGCUGAGCUACUCGGGGGAUGGGAUAUCAGCUCAGCAGCUCAAAACUUUACUAGGCCACAACGCUGAGGUCGAAGAGAUCGCCGUCAAGGAGUGGGAUCCACAGGGGCAGUACGCAAAGGUGGUUGAGGCGGUUAAGAAGGUGGGCAGUGGGGAGGUAAAGGUGUUUAGGGUGCAGCAUGGUGGUACACGGGCGGAGUAUUAUGUGGUCAGUCUAGAUGAGAAGGCGGGGAGGGUAGUUGGUCUGAAGGCACUGAGUGUGGAGUCGUGAUUGGGGGUUGAGGGACCUCAGGCUGGUGGUGACGAAGGCCGGAUGGGAGGGCUCUGGCGUCUCGUGGGGAUGCAUCAUCAGCCCCGGGGAGAUACACGCUUUGGAAUGCAAAAGGGCGUUUAAGGGUCAAAAGACCUUCAGAGUCUAGUUCACGGAGUCACAGCUUGGGCUACCAGCUCCGGGCUACGCCGUGGGAGCUCAGGGUUUUCCGGAGAAUAUGAUAUUGAGUCCACAUGACCCUCCACCAAGUCUUUUCAAUAUUAUCUCAGGCACGAUAUGGCUACGAU